UUUGACCUAAAUAUUUCAAAAUUGCUGCUGUAAAUAAGGUUUAAAAGUAUGGAAACACGUACUAAAGAAAAAUUGAUUGACUCGAAAAACAAAAGCAAACAUAAACAAAACAAAAAUGAUUAUUGGGGUCAAAUAUCACUAAGUAAGCCUUACAUUAUCGGUUACAUGAGUGUUGAUAUUGACAGACAGUACUUUUCGAAUUUAUCCCAAUUGAAAUACCUGACGGAAAUCCCUAGGGGACCACUACAUUACGACUUAAAUCAUAACAUUAAUGCUGCUGUAAAACGUACAACAGAUACUAAUAAUGAAAUGAUAUCUCUUUUAUUACAAUUUCUUCUGGAUCGGAAAACCUACUUAGAUCUGCAGAACAAAAAUAUUGAUUUUAUUUGUUAUAGAAGAGUCUUAAUAAGUAUAAUGUGUAAUGCCUUUGAUCAUGUUGAACCAUUGAUAAUAUCAACUUGCUAUUAUAAUGGCUCUAUUUAUUUAUGCACUCUCGACACUCUUCAAGAAACAAUGAAAAAAAAAUCUCGCACAAAAGAAGAAGAAAAGUUCUGUGCUUGGGGAUAUAAAUUUGAACAGUAUUUGUUAUCAGAUCAACCCAAUAGUAAACCUGUAAUUGAAAGGCCAGUAAUAGAAAAUGAAGAAUUUUCUUUGUUUUAUAAUGCCAGUUUGGGUUCACAUAAUUUACUUUAUGGCGCACAAAUAGAUGGUGUGAUAACCACAAACUGUGAAGUGUCAAACCCACCAAAGGAGUCAAAUGUUGAAAGUAAUUUGGACUAUUUAAGAAAUAAUGAGUAUGUUGAAUUAAAAACUAACAGACAUAUAGAAAAUUAUAGACAAGAUCGUAAUUUUAGAAAAUUUAAAUUGCUAAGAUGUUGGUGUCAAUGCUACUUAGCAAAUUUGAAAGGUCUACUUGUUGGAUUUCGUAAUCAAAACGGUGUUGUUCAAAGAUUACAAUGGUUCGAUACUCAAGAUAUUGUUGAAUACUGUCAAAAUGAAUGGAGCCCACAAAUUGCAAUUGAUUAUCUAAAUUAUUUUUUAUCAUAUAUUAAAAGUUGUUACACUGCAAAAAAUUACUCUUACCCUGUAUCAAUAACUUUUCAAUUAAAUGCCGAUAAAACUAUUAAUGUGAUUGAAAAUCCAAAAUGCGAUUUUUUACCAGAAUGGUAUGUUAAUAAAGGUAAUUGA